AUGGUCGUGAACUCGACCACCACCUACCAGUCCGAGAAGCAGAAGCUGCUCGCCCUCCCGCCCGGCAAGCGGGCAGGGCGCACUCACACUCGCACUCGACCCGCCUUCGAUGCCCCUCCCCCAUACUCGCCCACUGCGGGCAACAACGAAACGACCCUCUUCACAGACGACGAGUCGGACACAGCCUCCACCGUGUCCACCGACAGUACCUGCUCGUCAUGUAUUGGUAGCUACUCUUCCACAUGCUCGUCUACCUCUUCGCAAGCCGGUACAUACUCGUCCACAACCACCAACGGCAUCUCGUCAACCACCACUUCGGCGUUCUCGACUCCGGGUGGCUUCGAGAGCACCUCGUCGUACACAAGCUACGACCAAGGCUUCGCAACGUUCAUGACCCUCACCACCCGAGUUGUUCCAAUCACCUCACUGCCGCCCGCGUACCCUCGCUGCUCCAGUUGCGCCGACGGGUACCCUGCCGCCCAGCUGGGCCUGUCGUGCCCCAACAAUUGCAUGCCCGCCCACACCUUCUAG